AUGAGAGCUGUAGUAUUUCUGUGUCUGCUGGGGGCAUCAUCUGUGUACGCUCAGUAUCAAUGGACCCAAAAUGCAACACAUUCAAAAAAUCCACCUCCACCUGCGUGUGCUUCUCAUUAUGCAUCGUGUGGCUGCUGUCUGAUGGAGAGGCAGAUGGAGAGGAUGAUGGAGUUCUUUAACUUCUCCCAUAACCUGUUGUCUAAUCACCUGACAGAGACAAAGAAUGCCAUCAAACAAAUGAAGGCCGCUGCCACUGGCUUCUCUGUUGCCUUGCCCAAACAAAACCAGUGCCUUGGCCCCUUCUCUAUGGCCAAGAACAUCACCUAUGGAACGGUCACCAUUAACAAGGGAAACAACUACGACACAUCUACUGGUGUUUACACUGCUCCAGUCGCUGGUGUUUACAGCCUCGCAGUUACUAUAUACAGUAAUUUUACUGGUCAGACGCCGACAAAGGCCUGUGCCAACCUGUCUGUUAAUGGUAACACGGUGGCUCAACUCAAAGAGAAAUCGAAUGGUGACCACCAAGAUAGCAGCAGUGUUGUUAUCACCAAAAAACUUCAGGCUGGGGACAAGGUGUCUGUGAUCCAGCCUCCUGGAUGUGCCUUCUGUGGUGCCAACCAUAACUUCAACACCUUCACUGGUUUCCUCUUGUAUCUUAAAAAUUAAAAGUACAUCAUAGGUGAUCUAUGUUUGUACCGACUGUUGUUCCAACUGUUGUUGAAUACGGUUGCUGAAAUCCCUCUGUUAUGUCAUGUAGUUCUUAACCUGUCUGUACUCUUUUUGCUCUUUUGUUCCCCACACAAUGCUCUCCUCUUGUAUAAAUUCAUGAUGUUUCAUUACCCAUAAUUAAAAUCAGAAAACCAAAUUCAACUCUUAAGAAUGUAUUGUGUCAUCUUACUAAUACAAAAAAACCCACAUUUUUAUGAUGAUUUCUUUUAUGCUCAGAUUUUUCUGUAAUAAUAAAAAAAAUUGUAAU